AGGUGGACGGCUACUUGAAGCAGCCGCUUCCGGAGGGUUGGACUGCGCACCAGACCGACGAGGGCAACCAGUACGGGAAGGGGUACACCUACUACGUGCACGCCUCCAGCGGGCAGUCGCGGUGGACUCGCCCAGAUGAGGAGGAGUUCCUGCGGCGCCUGUCGAGGCGGACCGCGCGGCCGCCGAUCCCCGGCAGUCGCCUCUUCUUCGCCGCCGUCAAGGAGCGGAAGCACAACGCCAGGUGGGCCGACCUGGAGGACAAGGCAAGCCACCUCGCGGCCGCGCGGCCGAUGCUGCGCGCGCUGCCGGCUGGCGUGACGGAGCCGCCGCCGCAGCAGGCCGGCGACCAGGUCGUCUCCGUGGCGCUCCGCGACCAGUUCCCGGUCUUGCACUCUGGCUGCACGGAGGCCU